AUGAAAAAGAUAAGUCAGCAUUAUUACCUCCUCUUUCCCAUUCUCCUCUUCACACUCCUCUCACAUCGGGCAGCUGCCCAGGCAGCUUCCCCGGUGCUCGACAUCACCGGGCAGGAGGUCCAGGCUGGCGUCCCCUAUCACAUUAUUUCUGCCAUCUGGGGUGCAGGUGGCGGGGGACUCACCAUGUCCGAUGUCCGCAACCUGACGUGCCCGCUCGACGUCACCCAGACGCCAAACGACCUCCUGUGGGGCCUCCCGGUGGCCUUCCACCCGGCCAACUACUCGGACGAGGUCGUCCGCCUCUCGACCGACCACAACUUCGAGUUCGACGCCGUCACAGUCUGCGUGUCGAGCAACGUGUGGAGGCUCGCGUUCGACAACUCCAUCCUGAGGUUCUACAUCACGACUGGUGGGGAGCUCGGGAACCCGGGCAGGUGGACGCUCAACAACUGGUUCAAGAUCGAGGCGCAAGGGAGCAACUACAAGCUCGUCUUCUGCCCGACGGUGUGCCCCACGUGCCGGCCCGUGUGCGGGGACCUGACCAUCUAUGUGGAUGGGCCUUAUAGGCGGCUGGUGAUGGCCCAGACGGGCGAGGGCCCGCUAACGGUUUUUUUCAGGAGGGCAGAGGAGUCGGCUAGCGGAACCGUGUCGGGGAGUAGGUCGGAGUGA